UGACUUUUGCUCUAUGCUUCGUAAAUACACGUCCAUCUGUCAACUCUAACAGCAUACUUCCUGAAUAUUCACAUGCGUAUGCGAACGAACAUUCUCGUUGGAAGAGUGAAAUUAUUCUAAGCAUGAUCGCAUUAUGCCGCAGAAAUUGGUGAAUUCGAUGUUCGAGGAACAGAAAACUGUUAGGCAGACGAUUCAUCUGCGUGGAAGAGAAAGUUCUCCGCAUUAUGUAUUUUUACACUCGGACGACGAAAGUAGCACAGAUGAGGAUAAUAUCUCUUUACGGGCUAUCAAACGACCUACAUCGUUGCGUAAAAUUCAGGUGAUCAACGUGCAAAUAAAACCUGAGGAUACUCUGCAAGCAUUGGCUCUUCGAUACAGAUGUACAAUAUCUGAAUUGAAACGAAUUAAUAAAAUCGACAAAGAGAAUGAAAUAUAUGCUAAGCCUUAUAUUAAGGUUCCCGUGCAACCAUUCUCUAUUUUAACUGAGGCGUCGCCUGAAAGUCAAAGCAAUAAUGCCACCACCACGUCUGAGCAAUGUCAAGAGGAAGUACCGGCAAGAGUGGAAGAGCAGUUGAUAGACCUGGGCGCGUCGACGAGCACAGAAUCCUCGAACGCAGAGAUUAAUACCAUCAUAUUAAAUUCGGUAUGCGAACCUUUAUCGUCCUACAACAGUGCCAAUAUCCCUGAGAUUCCAUGCAGCGAGCAUGAUGCGUUACUUGGCGAUACCGAAAAUACAGAGGUAGCUGAAACCUGUGAGACAGAUAUGUUUAAAUGUUCCGGCGAUAAUUGGGGGUUGUCCUGGACGCAACUGCUUGUGUUCUCAUUACUAUUAAGUUUUGCAGGACCUAUCAUAUAUAUACUUUAUAUAGCGGAAUACUCAGUUAAAACGAAUGUAACUGUAAGUAAUUGAUAUUUCGUGUGAAGAUACAUAUAUAUUAGAAUAGAAAGUCAUAGGAUAAGAAUAUAUAUUUUGCAUAUAGAUAUAUAUAAUUUCUAUAACAUAAGUUAAAUAAGAAACUGAUUUUUUACACGAUUUUCUAAUUAUCUCAUAAAUGUAUAAUUAUCUUCUUAUUCA